AUGUCCUCAUCAUCACUACCCCCAAAUCUCAUCCCCGACAUCUCCGCAUUCGUAACAAAAUGCAUGGCUUCGCACGACCCCUCGCACAACCCCCAACACGUGCACCGCGUCGUGUCACUAGCCAAACAAAUUCUAGCGCGCGAAACAGCCCGCGCGGCCUCUUCUACAGUGUACAAUGCCGACGUGGUGCACCUCGCCGCGCUGCUGCAUGACAUCGGGGACCGGAAAUAUCUCUCCCAGCGGCUGGUGUACUGUGUGCUGGUGGCGCAUGGGGCGGACGAGGCACUGGCGGAGAAGGUGCAGAUGAUUGUGUCGCAUGUGUCGUAUACGACGGAGAAGACGAAGCCGGAGGAGGUGAGCAGGUUGAUUCGCGAUGGGUAUCCCGAGUUGGCGAUUGUGCAGGAUGCGGAUCGGUUGGAUGCUAUCGGGGCGGUGGGCAUUGGACGGUGUUUUACUUUCCUGGGGGCCAAAGGGAAGAAAUUUUGUCCUGAGGGGAUGUGGGUGAUGGAUAAUGCCAUUGAGCAUUUUGAGGAGAAGUUGGUGAGGCUGGAGAGUAUGAUGAAGACGGAGACUGGACGUGACAUGGCUAGGGUGCGCACGGCGAGGCUGAAGGAGUUUCAGCAGUGGUGGGCGGAUGAAAUGAACGACGUCGCGUAG